AGCAUGGAUCAUUGUCCAGCUGAAGACGACAUCCCAGUUACAAAGAGGGAAUAUGAUUACCUGAACCAGAGACACUGUCAGCUUCAGGAGGACUAUGUACACCUGUGUCAGAAGUUUGAGGCACUACAAGCAGAAAAUGUAAAGCUGAAAGAGGAGCUGCAGAAGUCUACAUUUUCCUACACAACUGUCAAGUGCAACAUUGGACAAUUGUUUUUUCUCACCGGACUGACCUCCGUGCUCUUUGAGUGGCUAGUUACAAAAAUAACAGGCAGCUUAGAAAGAAUUAUCCAAAAACUUACACUAGAAGACCACCUGUUGGUUAUAUUGAUGAAAUUAAGGUUGGGUCUAUGUAAUACUGACUUGGCAUAUAGAUUUAAAUUAUCAAAAACCACGAUUUCAAAUAUUUUGCGGAGCUGGGUCCCUGGUAUGGCCUUGGUCCUUAAGCCACUCAUUAAAUGGCCAAGUAAGAGUGCAAUACUUAAAAAUAUGCCAAAAACAUUCAAGCGGAACUUGAAAAACUGCCGGUGCAUAAUAGACUGCACAGAAAUUUUCAUAGCUAGACCCAGUAAUCUGACUGCUAGGGCCCAGACAUGGUCAAAUUAUAAACACAACAACACAAUUAAAUAUUUAAUCGGCAUCACUCCAGCUGGUGCAAUUUCAUUUCUAUCUCCUGGGUGGGGUGGACAGGUUUCACACAAGCAGAUCACAAAAGAGUCAGGUUUCUUAGAACUUUUGGAGCCUGGGGAUGAGGUUUUAGCCAACAGGGGAUUUCUCAUCAGAGACGAGCUUGCAGCUUAUGGUGCAACCCUUCAUAUCCCUCAUUUCACAAAAGGAAAAAAGCAGCUUUCUGCACAGGAAGUUGACACAUCUAGACAACUUUCUCGUGUGAGAAUCCAUGUGGAGCGAGUUAUUGGUCGGUGGAAAAACUUUAAGAUUUUGCAAACAGUUAUUCCAGUGUCGCAGGUUAACAUGCUAGAAGAUGUUGUGACUGUAUGUGGUGCCCUCACAAACCUCUGUAAGAGUGUUGUUUCCAAAUGAGUAACACAUUACCAUGUAUUAGUUUUAACGUGAUUUACAUUUGUAAAACCUAUUUACUGUACAUGAAACAUAAUGCAUUAUAAUAAACCUCCCAACAU